CCCUGUCGCAGUUUCUCUCGGGCGAUGCCUCCGCUCUGGGUCCUGCUGGCCCUCGGCUGCCUGCGACUUGGCUCAGGUGUGAACCUCCAGCCCCAGCUGGCUAGUGUGACCUUUGCCACCAGCAACCCCACACUCACCACCGUGGCCUUGGAAAAGCCUCUCUGCAUGUUUGACAGCUCAGCGGCCCUCCAUGGCACCUACGAGGUCUACCUCUAUGUCCUGGUCGACUCGGCCAGCUUCAGGAACGCCUCUGUGCAGGACAGCACCAAGGCCCCACUCAGCUCGACGUUCCGGCAAACAGAGGGAGGGAGGACAGGCCCCUACAAGGCGGCGGCCUUUGACCUGACCCCCUGCAGCGACCUGCCCAGCUUGGAUGCUGUCAGGGAUGUGUCCCGGGCCUCGGAGAUCCUGAACGCAUACCUGGUCAGGGUGGGCACCAAUGGGACCUGCCUGUCUGACCCCAACUUCUGGGGCCUCUGCAACCCACCCCUGUCAGCAGCCACGGAAUACAGAUUCAAGUACGUCCUGGUCAAUAUGUCCACAGGCUUGGUACAGGACCAGACCCUGUGGUCGGACCCCAUCCGCACCAACCGACUCGCUCCGUACUCGGCGAUCGACACGUGGCCGGGCCGGCGGAGCGGGGGCAUGAUCGUCAUCACGUCCAUCCUGGGCUCCCUGCCCUUCUUCUUGCUCAUUGGCUGUGCUGGCGCCAUUGUCCUCAGCCUCGCGGACAUGGGCAGUGCUGACGGGGAAACAGCCCACGACUCCCAGAUCACGCAGGAGGCCGUCCCCAAGUCCCUGGGGACCUCGGAGCCCUCGUACACGUCUGUGAACCGGGGGCCGCCCCUGGACAGGGCCGAGGUGUAUGCCAGCAAGCUCCAGGACUGA